AUGAGAUACUCCAACAAAUUGAAAAAUAAUUCGCUUUCUGAUCCUCAAAUGUCUUCCAAUGGGGGUAUCGAGGCUCAUCAAUGGGUUGAUCGUACCUAUUUUUCAGAACUCUGCAAGAAACUUUUGCGUUCCAAAACCCAAAAAGAGAAGCAAUCUCGAACUGUGAAGUACGGUCAGUAUAGAGGCCAGCUAGAUGUCCGUGGGACGUUGUGCUACCACACCGAAUGCCAAAGAAAAGGCUAUGCCUGUUGCAGUCACUGCAAUUCUCUUCCGCACAAUCCAUCUCUGUUGAGGAAUAGUAUCACUUGUGCCAAUAGCGAGGGCUAUGCAUCUGGUAAUAUCAGUCGAAAAUCAAUUGACACCAAAUUAUCGCUUCUUUUGGUGGAGCUCCAAGAGUUGGCCGAUUAUGACCGGCGAAAUCUCGCAAGGCUGGUGGUGAAAGCAUCGUUGUCAAACCCCAUAAUUGUGAAUGAUGAAAAUGCUACUCCUGUGAAAAAACCAUAUCGUGUCAAUGGCCAGCGAAAAGCCGAUUCGCAAGCACGAGAGUGUUAG